ACAAACACUACGGUCCGAAUUUUUCUAUCUUUUCCUCGACGAAAUAAAGUGGGCCUAAAUGCGGUACUAGUGCUGCCGCCGAUCUCCUUCCAUCCUUCUUCUCGCCGGACGGCCGGAGAAUCUCCAUCCAUGGCACAGGAGGCCACACGGCAUUCGCAAGACGAUGAGCUCCUUGACGUGCUCACGAAGACUGGCGAGAAGACCGGGGUUUCCAAGCCAAGGGGACUUGUGCACAGGGACGGCGACUACCACCGGGCCGUUCAUGUGUGGAUAUACUCGGAGAGCACGCGGGAACUGCUCCUUCAGCGUCGCGCCGAUUGCAAGGACUCCUGGCCCGGACUAUGGGAUAUUUCCAGUGCCGGUCAUAUCUCUGCGGGAGACUCCUCACUCAUCACUGCCAGGAGGGAGCUUCAUGAAGAGCUGGGCAUUAGUCUUCCAAAUGAUGCUUUUGAAUUAAUAUUUGUCUUUCUCCAAGAGUGUGUGAUAAAUGAUGGAAAAUUUAUCAACAAUGAAUAUAAUGAUGUAUAUCUCGUGACAACGUUGUCACCGAUCCCUCAAGAGGCAUUUAAUCUUCAGGAAACUGAAGUUUCUUCCGUCAAAUAUAUAUUUUGGGCAGAUUAUAAGAGUCUACUAGCAAAUAAUGAUGAACAAUAUGUUCCGUAUGAUGUAUCUGGGCAGUAUAGUAUUCUUUUUGAUGUCAUUGAGCAGAGGUACAAGGAAGACAUUGAAAGUCGUAGUCUAGACUUGCAGAAAAAGCUCAAUCGAUAUGCUCCUGUCCAUUUGGAUGCAGAGUUAAAUGGGCUUUCAAAUGCUGACAAGGCGGCCUUGCGUUUAAUAAUUAAGGCAUCAAUGAUCCUUGAGGACUUAUUUUAUGAACAGGUUUGGUGCGGUAAUUUGUCACUUAGAGAUUGGUUGAAGGAGCAAUCCAGUACUUCAGACUUCAGCAGGUUAAAAUGGAUGUAUUAUUCUAUCAAUAAAAGCCCAUGGUCAUGCAUCGAUGAAAACAAGGCAUUUUUAACUACUGCGGAUUCAGCUAUCAAAUUGCUUGAGAAUUCCACGAGAACUACUGCUGGUUGGAAAGGCCUUGAAUAUAAAGUUGCAUUUCCUUUGUUAAAGCCGCCUGGUGCAAAUUUUUAUCCGCCUGAUAUGGACAAAAUGGAGUUUGAGAAGUGGAUGAUUGGCCUAACAGAAAGUGAACAAAAGGCUGCUACAGGAUUCUUCAGUGUCAUUAGGAGGCAUGAAGAUUCUGAUUUGGAUUUAUCUAUCAAGGAGUCAGAUGCAGACAAGCUUUCAGAGUCAACCCAGCUGUCUAACUCAAAUGGUUUGUUUGUAGUUCCAUAUUCUCUAGAGUAUAGUGAAUUCCUUGGGAAAGCUGCUGAACUUCUUCAUAGUGCUGCGAAAAGAACUGAUAGUUCAAGCCUGAAGAAGUUGCUUAAGACAAAAGCAGAUGCUUUCUUGUCAAAUGACUAUUAUGAAUCUGAUGUUGCUUGGAUGGAAUUGGAUUCAAAAUUGGAUGUAACUAUUGGACCAUAUGAAACAUAUGAAGACGUGCUUUUUGGAUAUAAGGCUACAUUUGAAGCAUUCGUUGGAAUACGUGAUGAUGUUGCGACAUCUCAAGUUAAACUAUUUGGGGACCAUUUGCAGCUUUUGCAACAAAAUCUUCCAUUGGAUGACAUCGAUAAAACAGGAGAUGUAGUUGCUGCUCCGAUCCGUGUCCUAAACCUCAUCUAUAAUGCCGGGGAUGUGAAAGGCCCUCAAACUGUGGCUUUUAAUUUACCAAAUGAUGAACGUAUUGUUAAUGAGCGUGGAACAUCAAUGGUCAUGCUCAAGAAUAUCUCUCAAGCCAAGUUUAAGCAUAUUCUCCAACCGAUUGCCAAUAUAUGUAUUAAUGCGGAGCAGAAGAAAUACAUUGAUUUUGAGUCUUUCUUUACUCACACAAUUUGCCAUGAGUGUUGUCAUGGUAUUGGACCUCAUACUAUUUACCUUCCAAGUGGCCAACAGUCUACUGUUCGAUUGGAACUUCAAGAACUCUAUUCAGCCUUGGAAGAAGCUAAAGCAGAUAUUGUGGGCCUGUGGGCUCUAAGAUUCCUCAUCAACCAGGAACUGCUCCCAAGGCACUUAUUGAGAUCCAUGUAUGUUUCUUUCCUUGCUGGAUGUUUUCGUUCAGUGCGCUUUGGAUUAGAAGAUGCUCAUGGAAAAGGACAGGCAUUGCAAUUUAACUGGUUGUAUGAUAAAGAAGCAUUUAUUUUGCAACCAGAUGGUACUUUCUCAGUGGAUUUUGAAAAGGUUGAAGCAGCUGUUGAGGGACUCAGUAGGGAAAUCCUAACAAUUCAAGCCAGAGGUGAUAAGGCUGGUGCAAAAUCUCUACUACAAGAAUAUGCAAAAAUGACGCAACCACUGUCUUCUGGAUUGGAAAAACUGGAAAGAGUGCAGGUGCCUGUUGAUAUUGCGCCCACUUUUGGUGUGAUGGAUCUAUUAUAAUGGUGACAUAUUGAAGGCUCUUACUUGUGAUUUCAUCAAUUUUUUUUCAAUUAUAGUCGGGGUUUUCAAAUAAUAUAGUCUUCUCAGUAAGAAGGAAAUAAAUAAUUGAUGUCUCACGAAUAAGCUUCACUGGUUCACAUGAUUGGAAAUAUGUUCUGAUGGCUCUUUGAAUUUGGUAUCACACCAUCUGUGUUCGCCAAUCAUAUUAGUAAAUGCAAACUAUGUUAUUGGACUUUUUUCUUCUGUUUU